AUGAAUGUGGACAAACGCACAUGUCACAGUUACCCCUUCUGUGAGUGCUUGUCUGUGCAAGGUCUAACAAUUCCGGACCUUAUUUUUGAUUCACAGAUAUCCUGGGUAGUGGUCUCUGCGUACUUCGUAUUCGAAGUAAUGGGUGUGGUCUCGUGGGGAUACUGUGCUCUAGUGCACCCCGGUGUGCGCAAAAAGAAGUUCGGUACACCUCGCGACACCCCACACAACGUACCCAGACGAACGCAUGUGUCUCAGGCACCCGGCAAUAGCAGUAAACUGGCUCCAUUACCACCCAUUCUGGAUGGAGACGAGGAGAGGGGGGUUGAAGGGCCUAUCAAUACAUAUACACAGACGCAGAUAAAACACCAUGCACAGGCAGGGAUACGAAUUCAGAAUGAUGCACACGCACACACACACACACACACACAGAUAUGCGUACAGGAACCAACGCAUACGCCGCUACAGUCACCUCGCGCGCAUACGUAUAGCGUUACGACUGCACACUCUGGGGGAUACCAACAACAGACGGGCGACAACUGGACGGAAAACAUCGAUGAGAGUACUCCUAUGUUGCUCGAUCAAGCACCCGACAGCCAGUCGUACCGCUCACUGUGCAGUCAAUCG